UUGAAAGCGGCGGGGCGAGCGAGCGGGCGGAGAGUGCAGAGUCAGCUAGCAAGCGAGCGAGCGGGAGCCAGAGCCCCGCGUCCCCCGCCCGCUCCACUCCGAUUCUCUCCGCGCCAGAGCCGAGCGCACCAGAUCCAGGUCUGCUGGACCCAUCCAUCCCCUCUGGGGCCAUGGGAUCGCUGCUUGGGCUCCUGGCACUGCUGCGGCUGUGGGGUGCUGUGGCUGAGGGCCCAGCCAAGAAGGUGCUGACCAUGGAGGGAGACUUGGUGCUGGGUGGGCUGUUCCCAGUGCACCAGAAGGGUGGCCCGGCUGAGGACUGCGGUCCUGUCAAUGAGCACCGUGGCAUCCAGCGCCUGGAGGCCAUGCUUUUUGCACUGGACCACAUCAACCAUGACCCGCACCUGCUGCCUGGCGUGCGCCUGGGUGCGCAUAUCCUCGACAGUUGCUCCAAGGACACACACGCCCUGGAGCAGGCACUGGACUUUGUGCGUGCCUCACUUAGCCGUGGUGUUGAUGGCUCACGCCACAUCUGCCCCGAUGGCUCUUACGCCACCCAUGGUGAUGCUCCUACUGCCAUCACUGGUGUGAUUGGCGGCUCCUACAGUGAUGUCUCCAUCCAGGUGGCCAACCUCUUACGGCUAUUUCAGAUCCCGCAGAUCAGCUACGCCUCCACCAGUGCCAGGCUGAGUGACAAGUCACGCUAUGACUACUUUGCCCGCACAGUGCCCCCUGACUUCUUCCAAGCCAAGGCCAUGGCUGAGAUUCUCCGCUUCUUCAACUGGACCUAUGUGUCCACUGUGGCAUCUGAGGGUGACUAUGGCGAGACAGGCAUUGAGGCCUUUGAGCUAGAGGCUCGUGCCCGCAACAUCUGCGUGGCCACCUUGGAGAAAGUGGGCCGUGCCAUGAGCCGUGCGGCCUUUGAGGGUGUGGUGCGAGCCCUGUUGCAGAAGCCCAGUGCCCACGUGGCUGUCCUGUUCACCUGUUCUGAGGAUGCCCGGGAGCUGCUUGCUGCCAGCCAGCGCCUCAAUGCCAGCUUCACCUGGGUGGCCAGUGAUGGCUGGGGGGCCCUGGAGAGCAUGGUGGCCGGCAGUGAGAGGGCUGCCGAGGGUGCCAUCACCAUCGAGCUGGCCUCCUACCCCAUCAGUGACUUGGCCUCCUACUUCCAGAGCCUGGACCCUUGGAACAACAGCCGGAACCCCUGGUUCCGCGAAUUCUGGGAGCAAAGGUUCCGCUGCAGCUUCCGGCAGCCAGACUGUGCAGCCCACUCUCUACGGGCAGUGCCCUUUGAGCAGGAGUCCAAGAUCAUGUUUGUGGUCAAUGCAGUGUACGCCAUGGCCCAUGCACUGCACAACAUGCACCGUGCCCUCUGCCCCAACACCACCUGGCUCUGUGACGCCAUGCGGCCAGUCAAUGGGCGCCGCCUCUACAAGGACUUUGUGCUCAACGUCAAGUUUGAUGCCCCCUUUCAUCCAGCUGACACCCACAACGAGGUUUGCUUUGAUGGCUUUGGUGAUGGUAUUGGCCGCUACAACAUCUUCACCUAUCUGCGUGCAGGCGGUGGGUGCUAUUGCUACCAGAAGGUGGGCUACUGGGCAGAAGGCUUGACUCUGGACACCAGCCUCAUCCCAUGGGCCUCACCCUCAGCCGGCCCCCUGCCUGCCUCUCGCUGCAGUGAGCCCUGUCUCCAGAAUGAGGUGAAGAGUGUGCAGCCGGGCGAGGUCUGCUGCUGGCUCUGCAUCCCGUGCCAGCCCUAUGAGUACCGAUUAGAUGAGGUCACCUGUGCCAGUUGUGGCCUGGGCUACUGGCCCAAUGCCAGCCUGACUGGCUGCUGCGAACUGCCCCAGGAGUACAUCUGCUGGGGCGAUGCCUGGGCCAUGGGUCCUGUCACCAUCGCCUGCCUGGGUGCCCUGGCCACCCUCUUAGUGCUGGGUGUCUUCGUGCGGCACAAUGCCACCCCAGUGGUCAAGGCCUCAGGUCGGGAGCUCUGCCACAUCCUGCUGGGUGGUGUUUUCCUCUGCUACCGCAUGACCUUCAUCUUCAUUGCCAAGCCAUCCACGGCAGUGUGUACCUUAUGGCGUCUCGGUUUGGGCACUGCCUUCUCUGUCUGCUACUCAGCCCUGCUCACCAAGACCAACCGCAUUGCACGCAUCUUUGGUGGGGCCCGGGAGGGUGCUCUGCGGCCACGCUUCAUCAGUCCUGCCUCACAGGUGGCCAUCUGCCUGGCGCUUAUCUCGGGCCAGCCGCUCAUUGUGGUCGCCUGGCUGGUGGUGGAGGCGCCGGGCACAGGCAAGGAGACCGCUCCCGAACGGCGGGAGGUGGUGACGCUGCGCUGCAACCACCGCGAUGCAAGUAUGCUGGGCUCACUGGCCUACACCGUGCUUCUCAUCGCGCUCUGCACGCUUUAUGCCUUCAAGACUCGCAAGUGCCCCGAAAACUUCAAUGAGGCCAAGUUCAUUGGCUUCACCAUGUACACCACCUGCAUCAUCUGGCUGGAAUUCCUGCCCAUCUUCUACGUCACCUCCAGUGACUACCGGGUGAGCUACCUGCCAUAGAGGUGGAGGGAGGUGGGACACCAGACCCUCUGUUUCCUGGUAUCUUAUUUACUAGGUAUCUUAUUUAUCUUGCUACUGGUAGCUCUGGGGCUCCAAGAGGUUAAAUGGCCACUCAGGGGACAGCAGCUUGUGUGGAUCUCAAGGGGAAGGUGGGAGGGCUGAAUAGGGCCUAGGGAAAUGCCCAGGGAGAUGGGGAACUCGAAUUAGAGAGAGCUGAGAUUUCAGGACGUGCAUGUCAUCCUCUAUCCUGGGAGGAGAUGGGGGGCAGAAAUAUGUUCAGAUGAACAGGGUUCUGCCCUGCUCCACUGAGGGGUUCUUCAAGCAGACAAAUAGUAUUAUAAUGAUUACAAGACUGAUCAUCAGUUAUGCUUUUGCAAAAAACAGCUACAAAGGACUAACUCAGUGGACCAACCUUUGUUUCUUCAUUAUCUCUACCUGGAUUCUGGCCUUUUAUUUUCUCUUUCUACUAAUUCUAAUUCUGCUUCUGCUUCCUCAUUUCUUCCCCAGUUAGAACUUUACUUACCUAAACUACCUGUUGUCACCUUCUCAGAGCCACUAAGCAGCAGUUUGAGGUUGACAAUUGAAGAAUUAGGAUUAGAAAAAAGAAACACGAAUGAACUUUUUAUGUUUCAUUAUCAGGGGUUUGUAAUGCAGGUAAAAAGACCUUUUUCAGAGUUAAGAUUUUUGAUACAAAAAAUAAGCUAUUUUAAUAUUUAUAACUUUGACUAGUAGAAUUUUUGUAUAAAAACAUUUGUUUGGAUGUCUUUGUUAGCUUUGAGUGGACACUGGAAAAGCCUCUUCUAACAGGUUCUAUGUCUUUCUGGAUACGCUUUUCAGUAUUCUUAUUCCGCUAGACAGUGAUAAGAGGGAAGCAUUGGUGGUUCAGUGGUAGAAUUCUCGCUUCCCACGCGGGAGACCCGGGUUCAAUUCCCAGCCAAUGCAGUUGGGCUUUCGAGCUUCACUUCCCUUAUGGCUGCCUUAACCCUUCUGCCCUGCAAAAUUAUACCGCAUACUCUAAUAGUGCAUUUAGAGGCUUCAUCACCGAAAGGUAAACUGACCAAGGUCGUGCCAAAAGACAUUCCGGGGACUAACCUGGGACCCCUGCAGUCGUUGGACUCCACAAACCAUUUAGCAAAGUGGCAAAUACGAAGUAUUUCUGGCGAGUCACUGCAGUUUUGAUAUUGGUACCUGUUACCUUUAUCUAUUUUCUGGGCGGAUCCCUGCAAACCCAAGAAACCAUCAGGUUCCUGAUUCGCGGGCUGGACCUUGGGCUUCCCGCUGAGCCACAAUGCUGAGGAUCAAGAAAUGAUGCUCAGGGAAGGAGAGAAGCUGUGGGUGGGGCAGUCACCUCAGAGGUCCAAGAGGCUCAGCGGCCCAAAGAAAGAAGUGUGUGGGGAAGAAUCUACGUGGAGCUGCGGGGAGCUGCGGAGACUGGUACUAGUGCAGGGGACCCUGGGGGCUGUACCCCAGACACCGAGAACCGAACUUGCUAACAUUGUCAGCUACCGGGGCCUCCAAGUGUUUUGUGGGCCCAUGGUGUUCCGGGAGGGGUUCCGGAAUCUGUGUCUGGAAAUAUGUGUCAACAGGUUUUGGCCUGAAAUUUGGCCUGGCAUGGGGGCUUGGGAGGCUGAGGCGGACGGAUGGCUUGAGGUCAAGAGUUCAAGACCAGCCUGGCUAACACGGUGAAACCACAUUUCUACUAAAAAUACAAAAACUAGCCGAGUGUAGUAGUGUGCACUGGUUAUUCCAGCUACUUGAGGCUGAAGCAGGAGAAUCGCUUGAACCCAGCAGGUGGAGGUUGCAGUGAGCCAAGAUGGGGCCACUGCACCCAGCCUGGGCAACAGAGUGAGCCUCUGUCUCAAAAAAAUAGAAAAGAUGUUGGCCCGAAAAUUACAUUUAUAUUUGUUUUUAAAUUUAUUAUUAUUAUUUUUUUAAAGAGACAGGGUCUCACUGUUGCCCGGCUGCAUUGCAGUGACGCGCUCCUAGCUCACUGCUGUCUGGAACUCCUGGGCUCCAGUGAUCCUCCCACCUCAGCCUUUGGAGUAGCUGAGAUUACAGCUAAACCACCAUGCCUGGUCCGAGAAAUAUAUUUGUAAUACAGGAAAGCAAAGAACAGAACCUGGGAACUGUUUAUCUUGUUGUGUUGUGAGGAUGUUACUGUGUUAGAGACACAACAAAUGACAGCAGGUGAUGAAUUUCCUUCCAAAGAGUUUUGGAAGAUUUUUUCCCCAUUUAACAAUUGCUUAAAAUCUAGGACGAGCCACAUUUAGGGAAUUUUUUUUGUCUUUCUGUUUCAAAAAUGACCUUCAAUUCAUUCAGUAUCAAAAGUUUUCGGAGUGUGACUGCCUCUCUACACGUUGCGUAUAAGACAAUGGUGAUAGUAGGUUGGAACUAACUGGCUUGUUUUCUUUUUGUAUUUUAAAACUCUUUGGGGAUCUCUGACUUUCGUGAAGAAAUUCUGAGCUGCAAUACAUAGUUGCUUUUUGUUUUUGUUUUAGAGAUGGGGUUGCUGCUUUCUCACUCAGGCUGGAGAGCAGUGGUGUGAUCACGGCUCACUGCAGCUGGCAUUACAGGUGUGAGCCAUGGAGCCUGGCCCAUAAUGUCUUCUUUUAUUUAGCUCUAAAUAAUGAUCAGAUGUUAGGGAAGAAAAACCUAGAAGUCCUGAUUCAUGAAAAGGAAAUUGAGGAUUACUUAUGCCAUGAAGCAAACACGUUCAGACUCUAGAGUCCCAAAAAUAUCGUAUGUUUUUGCUGAAGAGUGUUUUGACUCUAUUCCUUAUCUUCUCAUGAGUCAGGAAGCGCAUCCACCAUAGUCAGGUUUCUUCUUUUACUGCAGUGAAGAAGCUGGAAGAAAGGCAGGUUGUGGGGGAAGAUCCCACAGGCACAAGCAGGGGGAGAAUUGUAUUGGGAAGAUUGGUUGAGACAAAAGAAGAGAAGCUGUGGACUGUGAAGCAAUGGGAAAAAACUGAUUUUUAAAGCAGAUCAUUUCCUUUUUAACAGGAGCUUUUUUGAAGUUCUUCAGGAUAAAUCCGUAUCUGUUUGUAUGUUUGUGUGCAUGUGCCUGUGUGUGUGUGAGUUUUCAUUGUGGUAAAAGAUACACAGCAGAUCCUUUAGGAACGGUUUAUGUCCCCUCACCAGGUAAAACACCACAACCAGCUGAGGAGCUUGCUGAAGGCAGAAUAUGGAAUGCAAUGAGAGCAGGUGGUUGGUUACAAAUAGCAGCUGCUGCCAGGAGGCCAGUUGCAGAAAUAGGAAUGUAGCAGUUAUGAGUACUUCUUCCUUAUGUUUUUAUACAUAUGAAAUCUUUGUUUUCUUUGCUCUUUAUCACCUUACUUGUCUAAAAUAAGAUGUACCAAUAUUAUACCUUAGUACAUCUAUAAUUUACAAGAGACCAUGACGAACAAUAAAUAUAUCAACGGAGAUUUUGGGUCUUCUUCUCCACUUAUAUAUAGGAUAAAUGUUAGGCAGAAAAAAUAACUUUGCUAUUGUUUCUACUUGGAUGCCAAGUAGACAAAAGGUGAGUGGAUAAUUAGGCCCUUCCAGGGAGCCUCUCUGUCUUAGAUACGUUAGCAUGAACAAGCAGAAAUUUUCCUCUAAAGGAGAGGCACACUUCCCUGGGUGGGCUCAAACCACCAACCUUUGGGUUACCAGCCCAACGCACUAAUCCAUCGCGCCACAGAGAUAGCAAUCCUUAUGUUGUGUGAUCUCAACAAGAAGCAAAUACUAUUCAGUAAGCCUAACCUGUAGAGACUUCGGCCUUGCUCCCACCUGCAAACAAUAGCAAAGUUAUUUUUUCUGCUUAACAUUUAUCCUGCUUCAGAAGCCAGCGCCCCUUGAGAUGCCUGGGUCUGUGACCCUCGGUGCCUGAGCCUCGUGGGGCGGCUUGCACUCCCCUCGCCAGAUCGGUGCAGUGGGUGCGGUCAGUGCAAUUGUGCAGGUGGUGGGAAAGGAGGCAGGAAACCGACUGUGACAGAAGGAGAAACUUGAAAAAGUGACAGAGGCUGGGCGUGGUGGCUCACGCCUGUAAUCCCAGCACUUUGGGAGCCGAGGGGGGCGGAUCACAAGAUCAGGAGAUCGAGACCAUCCUGGACAACGUGGUGAAACCCCGUCUCUACUAAAAAUACAAAAAUUACCUGGGCGUGGUGGCGCGCGCCUAUAGUCCCAGCUGUUCGGGAGGCUGAGGCAGGAGAAUCACUUGAAUCCAGGAGGCAGAGGUUGCUUGCAGUGAGCCGAGAUCCUGCCACUGCACUCCAGCCGGAGACAGAGCAUGACUCCGUCAAAAAAAAAAAAAAAAAAAAAAAGGAGCGAAAGAAGGCAGAGGUGUAGAUGAGUCAAGGAGAACUCCAGGAGGCUUGCUGUAGAGGCAGUGGCCGGAUCCUGAGAGGCGAGAUGUUUUGAAGUUUUGUAGCAGAAUGACGCGAUAGAAACGGGGAAGCGCCGGUGACUCAAGCCUGUAA